AUGUCCGCACGCAUCCACACACACACUUCGAACCGAGCAAAGCCGCCACCAAGGGCUCCGCCAGAGAACAAGGUCGUUUUCAAAAGCGUCCUAGAGAGCCCUUAUCGCAUACACUGGCCAUCUGUGCCUCUUAAUCUACAGAAUACUAUCCUUGCGCGCUUGCUUUCAGUGCUAGAGGGUGUCUCUGAAUACAAUUCUGCCAGGGACAAGGCCCAUAGGGAUGGAAAGCGUGUGCGCCGAGACUCGAGCGCCUCACGGACGAAGAAAAAACUCAAGGCCCAUGACGGGAUAGCUGUACAAAACGAUGGUAUCUCCGACUUGGUCGUAGAUAAUCCAUCCGCGGAUACCGUAGCCAUCCAUCCAAAGCCCCCAAUCCUGGAGCAUGUUAUAGUUGGCAUCAACGAGGUUACACGGAGACUAGAAUCACAAAUACGAGGUCUACGAACAGCUGUCAAGGUUUCAUCGGAGGGAGCACACAGUCUUUCGGAUUCUAGGCGAGAGAUCAAGGUUGUUUUUGUUUGUCGGGACGACAUCGAUCCCCCCCUUCUCAUCAGCCACAUUCCUCACCUUAUCGGCACAUAUAACUCUGCGAGGCCUUCUGAACCUAUCAAAACGGUCUCACUGCCAAAGGACUCUGAGGGCACACUUGCAAAUGCAAUGGGCUUGCGAAAGGCGGCAGUCCUCGCAUUUGACGUCGAUUGCCCUGCGAUUGACGAGUUCCAAUCUUUACUGCAAUCGAUCUCUGCAAUUGCCGCGCCUUGGCUAACCACAGGAGAACAGUUAGUUCCUACACACAUCAAGCAGCUACGAACAACCGCCCCCGUUGACAUGAAGGCCAGCAAAGAACAGAGAAUAGCGGGUCGCAAGGCAGCAAAGCAGGCCAAGAAGGGCAAAAGUGAGGCAGCAGUGACGAUCUGA